UGCUUGUGUUGACAGAAUACUCAAGAUGAUGUAUGACGAUUUGUUGAAGAAGAUAGGAGAGUUUGGGUGGUAUCAGAAACGAAUAUUUGCCGUGACAUGUAUGCAGCCAUUUACAUCUGGAUUGCUUUUAUUGAUAUCAAUAUUCACCAUGGCAACGCCAUCAUACAGAUGUUCAAUACCAGGAUAUAAAAACGACACCUACCAUCAACAAAACCAUUACCAUGGUUACCUAAUAAAUCAGUCUAUACCACAAUCCUCUAGCUGUCUUCUACGUAAUACUACAGUUGACAAAUAUGGUAAUAUGACGUCAUUAGAAUACAAGUGUAGGUCCUGGGUGUAUGAUACCUCCAUCUUUACAUCAACAUUUGUCACUGAGUUUGAUAUGGUUUGUGAUAAUGCUGUUCUAAAGAGUAAUGCUGUAAUGGUUCUAUUUCUGGGAUUGUUAUUUGGAUAUGGCCUUUUGGGCAAUGUGGCUGAUCUAUUUGGUCGUAAACCGUUAAUGGUAGUAUCGAACUAUGUGUUUGUGAUUUGUGCGUAUCUCAUGGUUUGGUCACCUAAUUACAUAGUACUAUUAGUGUUGAGAUUUUUUCUUGGACUCUCAGUAAGUGGACAGGCUCUUACUUGCUAUAUAAUUGGGGUAGAAUUGGUUGGUCCAUCUAAAAGACGAUACACUGGUGUAAUAUCAAACUUAACAUGGUGUCUUGGUUUGUUCAUGAUUUCAUUAUUUGGCUAUCUCAUCAGAAAUUGGCGAUAUUUACAUCUCACUGCGGCCAUCUUUUCAACACAUCUCUUGUUCUUUUUUCUAAUAAUUCCAGAAAGUCCACGUUGGUUAUUAACUAAAGGUUAUACGGUCAAGGCCAGGAAAAUAAUAACCAAAGUUGCUGAAGUUAACAAGAAAAUAAUAAGUGAAACAGUUAUUGGUACAAUAAAAGUUCCAGCAAAUAUUACAACUGCUAAAUUCUGGAAACUAUGUUCAACUAAGAAACGGUGUCUAAGAACUUUUGUUAUUUAUUUCAUGUGGUAA